AUGACUCUUAUUACGCCAUGGCAGCUUGGUUCUGUCUUGCUAAGCGUGUCUUCUGUUACGCUAGCCCAGAACUUUAGCAUCAACUACCCCGGACCAGCAUGGGUAGACGCUGAGUAUGAUAGCAGUCCAGCUGUGUAUCCUUCUCACACAGCCAACGCCACAGGCAGCGGAUGGGAAGCUGCUUUCUCUCAAGCACAAGACUUCGUAUCUCAACUUACCCUGCAAGAGAAAGCCUUCCUCGUCACCGGCACCACAGGUCCAUGUGUUGGCAACAUCGGCUCGAUUCCACGACUUGGCUUCAACGGCUUGUGCUUACAAGACGGUCCGCUCGCGAUCCGCGAGGCGGACUACGCUUCCGUCUUCCCAGCAGGCUUGACUGUAGCCGCCUCAUGGGACCGUAACUUGGCUCGUGUUCGUGGACAACAGCUUGGAGAUGAGUUUAGGAACAAAGGAGCUCAUGUUCUCCUGGGACCUGUUGCUGGUCCGCUGGGUAGAUCGGCGUAUGGUGGGAGGAACUGGGAGGGCUUCUCGCCUGAUCCAUGGCUUACUGGAGUGAUGAUGGAAGAGACCAUCGAAGGUGUUCAGGAGAAGGGCGUUCAAGCAUGCGCGAAACACUUUAUCGGGAAUGAACAGGAAGUCCAACGCAACCCAAGCACGAACGACGACGGCGUGACCAUCGAAGCAGUGUCCUCCAACAUCGACGACCGUACAAUGCACGAGCUCUACCUCUGGCCUUUCGCCAAUGCAGUCCGAAGCGGUGCAGCUUCGAUGAUGUGCAGCUACCAACGCAUCAACGGAUCGUAUGGUUGUCAAAACAGCAAGACCCAGAACGACCUGCUCAAAGACGAGCUGGGCUUCCAAGGAUAUGUCGUCAGUGAUUGGGGCGCCACACACUCAGGCUACCAAGCCAUCAACGCCGGCGAAGACAUGGACAUGCCAGGCAGUCUCGGACGCGGCUCCUCUUCCAUCUCCUCCUUCUUCGGCGGAAACAUCACGAACAACGUCAACAAUGGCAGUCUCUCGAUCGACCGCGUAGACGAUAUGAUUCGCCGUAUCAUGACGCCCUACUUCUUCCUCAAGCAGGAUGAAGACUUCCCACCCAUCGACGGCAGCUCGCCAGCUCUCAACAACAAUAACCCAUCGCAGUACAACUAUACCUUCAACCUCGGUCCUUCAGACGUGGACGUAAGGGAUGAUCAUGCUGAUCUCAUUCGCGAGCUGGGUGCGGCUGGUAUUGUGCUGUUGAAGAAUACGAACAAUACUUUGCCGCUCAAGAAGCCGAAGAAUAUCGGUGUAUUUGGUAAUGCUGCUGGCGAUAUCACUGAAGGCCUGUACUCCCUCGGUAACAGAGAUCUUGGCGAGUUCGGCUACGAGUCUGGUGUGCUGGCUGUCGGUGGUGGAUCUGGAACUGGAAGGUUGACGUAUGUCAUCUCGCCACUUGAGGCGAUCAAGGCGAGAGCGGCGCAGCAGAAGAAGAAUAAUGCGCUGGUGCAGUAUCUGCUGAACAACACGCUGAUCACGAAUGGUGGUGGCUUCAACAUCCUGUACCCACGACCACCAGAGGUCUGCCUUGUCUUCCUCAAGACGUGGGCAACAGAAGGCGAUGACCGCACCUCCCUACGAGUCGACUGGAACGGCACCGGCGUAGUCGAGACAGUAGCAUCGCGAUGCUCGAACACGAUCGUCGUCACGAACUCUGGUGGUUUGAACGUCCUGCCAUUCGCGGAUCACCCCAACGUCACGGCCAUUCUCGCAGCUCACUUUGGUGGACAGGAGGCGGGAAACAGUAUCGCCGACGUCCUGUGGGGCGACAUUAACCCAAGUGGUCGCCUUCCCUACACCAUCGCUCACGAGGAGAGUGACUACGACUUUGCCGACAUUACGAAUUCCACAGCUCUUCUGAAUACCUCAGAUCCGUUGGCGUGGAAGUCUGACUUCAAGGAGAAAUUGCUGAUCGAUUAUCGCUGGUUUGACUACUUCAACACAAGCGUCCAGUACGAGUUCGGCUAUGGUCUCAGCUACACCACUUUCUCGAUGGCGGAUCUCAGCAUCUCCAAAACCGCACAAGGCACCUUGUCACCCGCCCCGCCAGAGCAGAAGAUUGUACCGGGUGGUAAUCCUGCUCUGUGGGAGUCGGUCUACAAAGUCACGGCGACGAUUACGAACACUGGUUCUGUGGCAGGCGCGGCUGUGCCACAGCUGUACCUGGGUAUACCGAGUCCAGCCGGUGACGAUGUCACGCCUGUCAAGGCACUGCGGGGCUUUGACAAGAUUAUGCUCGACUGUGGUGAGAGCAAAACUGUGACUUUCGAUCUUGCGAGGAGAGACAUCAGUCAUUGGGACGUUGUUACUCAGCAGUGGACCAUUGGGAGUGGUGCUGUGCAGGUUAUGGCUGGAUUCUCGAGUCGCGACAUCAAGGCAACGGGAUCAUUCACGCCAUUUUCAUAG